GCGUGUCGAUUUGCAGGUGGCUGUCGUCUGCCUGCUCGCCUCAAAUGAGUUCGCCAUCACCGAUUUGUCCCAAAGAAAAACCCGGCCCAGUGGAUAACAUCAUGAUUAACUCGACUGUGGACAUUUUGAAAGGUCAACGGUGACCGUGGAAAGGAGGGAGACGUGUUUGAAACGACUGCAGCUUUUCCAAGGAGCGACGUAGGUACAUGUGUGGUGAGCGACAGCUAAGAGAGCAGUUCAGGGCACGAGCCAAAGGCGCACACACCCACUAGCGGAGAGCAGGACUGCAUUAUUCAACGGAUCCUCUUCUCUACGCUCCUCUGGGCCAGUGACUCACCCCCCUUCUGCACCUCUUGCUGAGCCAUUAUUACCAUGGAAACCCCGAGCCAGAAACGCACCGGCCGCAGUGCCACCACCUCCCCGGCCCGCAUCACCAGGCUGCAGGAGAAGGAGGACCUGUGCAACCUCAAUGACCGGCUGGCUGUCUAUAUCGACAAGGUGCGCUCCCUGGAGUCGGAGAACGCCGGGCUCCGCAUGCGCAUCACCGAGUCGGAGUCCUCGUCCACCCGCGAUGUGUCGGGCAUGAAGGCCGCCUAUGAGGCCGAGCUGGCCGACGCCCGCAAGACGCUGGACCAGGUGGCCAAGGAGCGAGCACGCAUGCAGCUGGAGCUGAGCAAGCUGAAGGAGGACUACAAGGAGCUCAAAGCCAGGAACGGUAAGAAGGAGUCUGACCUGGAGGCGGCUCUGGCCAGGCUGAGGGACCUGGAGGCCCUACUGAACUCUAAAGAUGCUUCCCUCUCCACUGCCAUGGGCGAGAAGCAGACCCUGGAGGCUGAGUUGAAGGACCUCAAGGCCCAGCUGGCCAAGUUGGAAGGAAGCUUAGCCGAUGCCAAGAGGCAGCUGCAGGAUGAGAUGCUGAGGAGAGUGGACGCCGAGAACCGCCUGCAGACCAUGAAGGAGGAGCUGGAGUUCCAGAAGAACAUCUACCACGAGGAGCAGCGUGAGUCCAGGCGCCGCUAUGAGUCUCGCGUGGAGGUGGACGGCGGGCAGCGGCUGGACUUUGAGAGCAAGCUGGCCGCCGCCUUGGUCGACAUGAGAGUCCAACAGGAGGAGCAGGUCCGCCUCUACAAGGAAGAGGUGGAGAAGACCUACAACUCUAAGCUGGAGAACGCUCGUCAUUCAGCUGACAGGAACAGCCACAUGGUGGGAGCCGCUCAUGAAGAGCUGCAGCAGAGCCGUAUGCGAAUGGAGGGCAUGUCAAGCCAGCUCAGCCUGCUGCAGAAACAGCUGGCAGCGAGCGAGUCCAAGGUGCGGGAGCUGGAGGAGGCUAUGUCCAGGGAGCGGGACCUGAUGCGGCGGCGGCUGGAGGAUAAAGAGCGGGAGAUGGCCGAUAUCCGAGCUCGGCUGCUGCAGCAGCUGGACGAGUACCAGGAGCUGCUGGACAUCAAACUGGCCCUGGACAUGGAGAUCAAUGCCUACAGGAAGCUGCUGGAGGGAGAGGAGGAGAGGCUGAGUCUGUCACCCAGCCCUCCACCUACCGCCAAGGUUACAGUGACCAGGACCUCCGGAUCAGGCCACGGCCACACCAGCCGCGUCAUCCACUCCUCCGGCUCAGGUCACAGCCACACCAGCCGCCUGCUCCACGUCGGCACCGGCACUGCCUCCAGCAGCCGCAACUCCUCCGGCACAGCCAGCGCCACCAAGAAGCGCCGCCUCAAUGACGACAGCGAGACCUCCAGCAUGGUGGGGGGCACUGUGACCAAGACUCGCAUUAGUCAGCAAGCCUCAGCCAGCGGCCGCAUCACAGUGGACGAGGUCGACCUGGAGGGCAAGUUCAUCCGUCUCAGCAACAAAGCUGAUGAGGACCAGUCUCUGGGUAACUGGCAGGUGAAGAGACAAGUAGGAAACACCACUCCCAUCCUCUACAAGUUUCCCCACAAGUUCACUCUGAAGGCCGGAGGAACUGUCACUAUCUGGGCUUCUUCCGGCGGUGGAACCCACAACUCUCCCUCUGACCUGGUGUGGAAGACCCAGAGCUCUUGGGGAACCGGCGACCUCCUGCAGACCUCCCUCAUCAACGCCAACGGAGAGGAAAUGGCCAUGAGGAAAGUGACGCGCACGCUGUUCCAUGAUGACGAAGACGAUGACAUGGGAGCUCACAGCACGAGUGGCGGAGACAACGAGUACAACCUCCGCAGCCGCACAGUGAUCUGCGACUCCUGCGGGCAGACGUCGGACCGCUCAGGUGGUGGGGGUCUACCUGAGGGCAUCGUGGGACAAUCCUUUUUCAUGGGGACCAACGAGCCCAGACAGGGCCGUGCCAAGCCGGAGAACUGCUCCGUCAUGUAAACCAGACCUCACCUCACCUGAACCUACACCUCCUGCAGCCUACAAAGGAGAAUGAUAAUGUUCCUCUCUUGGGUUGUUUGUCUUUAUUUUUUUUUAUAUGAUGUUAUUUUUUUGUAUUCAGAUUAAUCUGCAGGUUGGAAUUGCUUCGAGGUUUUUUGGGUAAAGGGUACGGGAUUUUCAUAUUCAGCUUUUUUUUCAGUUUUAUAUUCAAGUUAUGUUAUUGCAUGUGUGCUGUGCUAAUGCUUGUCCUGCUCUUCUUGCACGCUCUCACUCACACACACACACACACACACACACACACACACACACACACACACAGCUCCAUUGACUUGUGCUUCGAUCCGCUAGUGAACCCUGUCGGGGAUACGUCUCCACAACCAUACAGACAGGGAACUGAAUUCUGUGGCGUAUGUUCAUCAUCCAUCAAAUUGAUCAAAUCUUUAUUUAAGAUGAUGUUGAUGUUUACAAUCUAAUUAUCGUUGUUUUUUGGAAUAAUAUUUAGCUAUAAGCUGCAGGGAAAAUGCAUAAAAGUUAGUUUUUGUUUUGAUAAAGUAUGUUGUAAAAGAGAACCAAAGUUCUUGAAGCUCAGGGUGUUAAGCAGAUUGUUUCUUUCCACCUUUAGCCUCAGACAAACAUGUCGUCGUACAUUUUUUUAUGUGGAUUUAGAUCAUAUGUUUGGGCUGCUAUGGCGCGCACACAGAAUAUAUAGAUGGAUAUAUUUUUUUUUCUGUAAUUCACAGCUCGGCUCCAGAGAGAUGUAUUUGGUUAUGAACGUGUAUAGAAAUAAUUGUAGUUUACUGGAUAAGUCGAAUGCUAUAAAAGAUAUAAAUGCUUAUCUCAGUGUGACAUUUAAACAUGUUGCUUAUUGAGUGAGUCCAAAGUGUUGUCAUGAUGAUAGGAACAGGUAGGAUGUGUCCUCUACCUGGAGAACCAUCAGAAAUAGGUGGUGUUUUCAAUCUCUACUGGUUCCAUACAUAAAGAAUAUAUAUUUGUAGGAUUUUACUGCUUAUUCAACCAAAUGAACAUUAUUUCAACAGAGAGCUGCUGCUGUUUACAGAUGGCAACAGAUUUUGGAAAUAUUUUAACGAGCUUUUUCACAGACUAAAAACCAAACGACUGUGCCUUUAGAGACGGAAAACAACAAUCACUGUUCUUCUGGCUCGUAGCUCGUAGCUCAGUCUUGUGACUGUCAGCUGUCCGAUUUGUGUUGCUCCUGGAAACUGGUCAUAAGGGCUUUUUUUUCCUUUCCUCUUAAGCUCACUGACUUUGCAAAUCUCCAGGCAUGAUUUUGGGAUCGGAGUGGGAUUGUGGGGUUUCUAUAUUUUUGUAACUUUGGCUUCAUGCACUGCUUUUAUUGUGGGCCUCGCCAAGUAUGCACAGCAGGUAUAUUUGUACUGUAGUCUGGCAGCUUAAGUCAUUUAUACUCUUGUGAAAAGCAUAGCAAAGCAUUUACAGAAAAUACUUGAUAGCUUUUCAUGUUUUUUGUAUUGUACUUAUAUGAUGGUAUUUGUGCCACAUUACAUUCUUUUAUUUUUGCCUUCAGUAGAGGUCUGAUUUUGACUCUAUGAUCCCCAAAGUGCCUUAAAAAGUCUAACAAUUGUUUGUUAAAGAAAUGACCAGCUCCAAAGAUAAAGAUUUAUAAUUGAAAAAGAUUUAGUAUUUCUCAUGAGUGUAAAUAUGAGACAUGAUUACUGUAUGUAAUUGUGAAAUAUAUGCAACUAAUAACUGAAUCGUCAAUACUCGAAACGGAUCAUUUAAAGGGUGUGGUCAGCAUUUUUCAGAGGCCUGUCUGACACAUUAUAAAGCGGAAAGAAACUUCUUAGUGCAACACUAAAACAAGUCAUUUUGUACAGGAAGAAGUUUUGUUAGUUUUGAAGAAGCAAAGCUAGUUCAAGUUAAAGAAGAACCGACAGUUUGAAAUCGCAGACUCGAUUGAAAGGCCUUUGUGAAGCCGUGAACCCUCCCUCUUAAAGUCUUGAUUGAGGCCUCAGGAAUCUUUUGAAGGACUUGAGGAUUAAAACUGUUAGAGAGGGAUUACUUGUAGUGAGCCUUUGAUGCCAAAGUUGUAAUUUGCUUGUAGGAUUGUGUCUAUCACAUUGAUGCUGUUAACAUUAUGAAAGAGCCAUUAAGUCGAUGUAAUGAAUGUUUUUUGUUUUUUUUUGCUUUUCUAAAAUAAUACUGAGUAAAACUUUUUUUUCCAGUGA